CCCUCGGCGUCUCCCGAUCAGAUAAAACGACACCGUUGGGGUCCUAGAGUCGAGCAUAUCAGGGGCAAGACAUGAUAAGACGGUUGCAUUUCGUGACAUGACCUGCUACAUGACAUGCUCCUAUAAGAAGGAUCGCAAUCUAAGCCAACAAAUCGAGGCCGCCCGUUACGAGUCAGGCCAGUCUGGGCACGAUGACACUGCGCCACGUCCAAGAAUCCCGUCGCAUGUGAAUGGUUCGCCUGGCACUAAUCAGAGGAGCUCUAUCAGCUAUUUGAUUACCGGUUUGGUCUACCUCUCGGCGCGGAGGUUUCGUAUUCUGAGCUUCCGCUCCAGACCUUGGAAAGGACUCGAUCUCUAUCCACAGAUGAGACCAUGUCAUUCUCUUCAUUGUCCAGCGGAACAAACUUUCGGGGCCUGUCUUCUCUCCGGCCAAUUUCGUCGGGUUCCAGCAGGACAAGCACUGGCGACUUCGUAUCCGUCAUCGCAAGCCACGCACACCAACGGGGAUCUUCCCUGUGCGGUCUCACCUCCCCACGUCUUAGCUAGCUGGCAACAUUUCUCCUGACUCGAGUUCUUCCCCUCGGUGUGCUGUCUUGGGAGGCAAAGCGAAUCCUCGAGCAAGGAAAUGACAAAGGCCAUUCAUGCCUCGAGGAUUCGAAAAUGGCGCUUCCCGCCCGGCGUUAUCGCAGCUGGUCGGGUGUUCAUUGGACGCCAUGACCCUUGGGGGG